AUGUUCCGCACAGCACUAGUCCGUACUGCUGCCUCGGCUUCCCGUAUCGCCGCUCGCCCCGUCGCCAGCGCCAGCGCCCGCGCCCCCAUCCUUAGAGUCGCCCUGCCUGCCACGUCGAGAAUCGCUGCCUUCAAGACCGUUCGCAUGUACUCUGCCGCCUCGGGCCUGAAGAAGGACGAGGUUGAGGGUCGCAUCAUGGGCAUUCUGCAGAGCUUCGACAAGGUCAACGACACAAGCAACAUCAAGCCCACUGCCCACUUCGCAAACGACCUGGGUCUGGACAGCUUGGACACGGUUGAGGUUGUCAUGGCGAUAGAGGAGGAGUUCAGCAUCGAGAUCCCCGACAAGGAUGCAGAUGGCAUUCACAGCGUGGACAAGGCUGUUGAGUACAUCGUCAGCCAACCCGAUGCCAACUAA